CGGGAGCAGCGUCAGUCCCAGUUGUUGAGCCAGCGGAGCCUCUGUACCGUCCAGAAACACACAAAGUGAUCUAAAAGCAGCCAGAGACGGUAAAAACACCGCAGCAGCUCAGGUUCACACGUUAAUCACAGCAGCAGGGGCUCAUUUCUCUUCCCGGAGAGGUUGGAAGGCAGCGGGCGGGGAGCAGAGCUCAGGGCUGCCGUCGGGCCCAGCAGGCAAGCUGCUGCCAGGAGAGGAAGAGCAGGCUAUGAACCAGCGAAAGCCCGAGGUCAAGAAGAAAAGGGAGCGGAUAGUGAAGAGGUAGACUGCCAGCGGGUUCAUCCGUGAGCUGACCCGCAGAAACUCAGCGCCGCACGGAGCAGGGAGCCCGUCUUUGUCGUGCGGCCCGUCGUGCUGGGAGGAUAAUGUGAGGAGGAGGCAGGCCGAGCUGCCACAGAAAGAAGAGCCGAUGCUUUCAGAGCGGGGACUGAUGUGCGGGGAGGGCCGGGUCAGCCAGUGCCAGCCCGGCAAGGAGCUGCUGCAGCGGGCCGACAGCCGCAGGAAACACCGCUGGUCCAAGAGCUGCGGGGGGCGGCAGGGGAGGAAGACGGGCGGAGGAAGAUGGAUGAGCGUGCGCCACCACCGCCAUCAUCAUCAUCACCACCAUCGUCAUCAUCACUCUCAUUAUCAGAGACACCCCCAGAGGCCAGCAGGCAGCGGGGCGGCGGUGUCCCUCCGACCCGUCAACAUGAAGGGGAACCGGGCGAGGGGGAUGCGCGCCCCGAAGAACACCAACCAGUUUCUGAUGCACGAGAAGUACCAGCUGCUGCACAUGCGCUCUGACUCGGUGGGCAGCGACAGCGGCAGCAGCACGGACAGCGACACCGAGCUCACCGACAUGGACUCGUACCUGGGCGUGCUGGAGAACGCCAGGGGAGCCCUGCUGGACAGCCCGGAGGCGGCCGGGGCCGCAGCGCCGCGCCGCCGGGGCUUCGUCCUGCAGGGGGAGGAGCGGCUGCAGGAGGCGCAGCAGAGGUGGCUGCAGGAGGACAGUCUGCAGUAUUUCCCCUCUGAAGACGACCUGCUGCAGAGCCAACACUUCAUGCAGAGGGACUUUGUCGAGUUCUGUGACAUCAUAGCGUCCUGAGCAGAGGAGUGAUUUUUUAUUAUUAUUUUUAUUAAAACGGUGACAUUCAGACUGAGGUAUCAUUCUGUGUUGGUCUGCUUCUGUUGUUGUUUUCUCUCACAAAGGGAAGGGUAAGGCUGCAGAUGAUUGGCUGAUGCCGUCUGUCAUUCCUGAAGCGUUUUACUGUACAGAAAACAAUAAAUAACUCAGAUUCCUAUAA